UUGACGGAGAACCCACAGCUGCUCGUUUGUGAGCUGCUUGUUAUUAUCGCUCAUGUUGAUGGGCUUUGAUUUCUCCCAUAUUGGAGAGCACGUUUAUCGGGUGAACAUUGGGUCCUCGUUCUUUCUAUAGGCUCCGCCUUAACUACUGCCAAGGAAUGCAGCCGUAAUUCUGCCGGCGCUGAUUCGAUGAAGGUGACUGUGUUCUUUGCACUUUCGUGCAUAGCCGAGAUACCGCUGGGAUUAAACGACAUCAUUCCAAAAGAUUAUGACGAUAUCACCGAUGCGGAAACUGUACGCGUACUCGCACACAGCGGAUAUAGGUCUCCUUUCGUUUCCAGGGGCAGAGCUUUCCUGGACAAGUAUCAGAAGAUCUUGACCAACACAGAUAUCGCUAGAGAAUCCGAAGAAAAGCUUUUAAAAAGUGAGGCGUGGAAGGACCUCCCUGGCAUGGCAAGAUUGCGAAGGCUACAUAUUGUACGCCAAAAUGCCAAAACGCGCUAUUUGAAGUUCGGGAAAUCAUUCUGCCUGCAUGUGAAGAAGCUAGCGCCUGCUUUGACCGCGAAAAUGCUCAACAUGACUGACAAGCAGCGGUCUCAGGCGACUGCCAAUAUUAUAAAGCUCUUCGAAUCGGAACUAUCCAAGUCUCGCGUCGGACGAGGUAUACGUACUGUCAGUCACCGGGCUUCAGCUUCUUCUAAGUUACCCAAGGCCAAAAGCGGCGCGACAAAAAAAGGUACGGAAUCUGGACGUGGCGAUGCUCUCCCUCUCUCCUCAUUCAUAAGCGCUUCCAGGGAACUUGAAAGCCUCCGUUCGUCUCUGCAUGACUUUAUAAUAUUUAAAUGUGCUAUUGAAAAGGACAUCAUGGACUUGAUUGAAGAGUACAUGAAAACGAUUUAUUUUGGAGACUACAGAAAACUAUUCGCGAUGGUCGAAAAACUGCUCCUGAACGGCUGAAGGACCAUUCCGUGACGCAGAAAGGGCGGUGGACGAAGACCGAUUCCAUGGACGAUACUUUUGCUACCUUGACAACCCACGAAUGUUGAAAGGUAAAAAGGAGAAUAAAUGAGGGUAACACCCUCUUUCCUC